AUGGCAGGCCUGCUCUGGCACAGGGGCUCAGACUGGAGAGAAGUAUGGGACUACUCAUUCAAGUGGUCAGAUAAACACCUUACAUCUGACGACCUUCGACCUUUGAUAUAUACAUACGAUGAGCUAGGAGCACAAGCUCUGGACCGGCUGGAUGAGAUAUCACCUCCCGUCAAGCCACCGGUUUCAAGUGAGAAAGGAGACAACUCACCGAAGGGAAAACCCCCUCAUCGCGAUCUCUACGCUCUCUUGAAAGAAAAUGCCAGCUCGGAUGAGGUAUUGGGGAAACUCUGGGACGAAGUCACAACCAUUCCAGACUGGGUAGACUGGGCUCAGAUCGAGCGUGGGCAAAGGGUCUUCGUCCGCUAUGCUGGGCCCGCCAUUUUCGCUCUCACAUUCCAGUCUCUCGUAGGCGGCUUUGGAGGUCGCCGUGUAGUCGAAACUCUUGCCCGAACGGGUGGCUUCGGCGUGAAAGUAACGCGUCGCCGCCUCCUUGAGACCUUCCAACACAUUCUCCAAGUAACCCGCGACCUGCCCUCGGUCCAACCUGGCGGCGAGGGCUUUGCAUCCUCAGUGCGCGUGCGCCUCCUUCAUGCAGCUGUCCGCAGACGCAUCCUCGCCCUCGCCCGCGAGAAGCCGUCAUACUACGACGUUGAGGCAUGGGGUAUUCCAGUCAACGACCUAGACUCCAUCGGCACCGUCUCAACGUUCUCGGCAACGCUCAUCUGGAUCGGACUCCCACGGCAGGGCAUCUACCUCACCGACCGAGAAAAAGAAGACUACGUUGCACUCUGGCGCUGGGUCGCACAUAUACUGGGGACGCCGACAGACGUCUUCGAGUCCGUCGGCCGCGCGCGAGCGAUGAUGGAGUCGCUCAUGGUUUCCGAGAUUGAGCCCUCUGAUACCUCGAGAGCGCUGGCGACCAACGUGUUGUCCGGGCUAAGCAACCAGCCGCCGUCGUACGUUUCCAGAGACUUUCUCGCUGCCGAGACAUACUGGCUCAACGGGGCCAAGCUCGCGCGCGCUUUGGGUGUCGAGAGGCCGCCGUUUUACUACAGCCUCCUUGUCCUCGGCCAAUGUAUCUUCUUCAUGGUCAUGUGUUACUCUCACCGUUUGUUUCCAAAGUGGGACGAGGCCCGCGGCAAGAAACUCCAAAAGGGCCUCUUCAACAUAACGAUCAACAAACCUGAACUCGGCGCAUUGGGAAAGGAAACCAACUUCGAGUUCAAGUACAUCCCAACUCUCGACAUGAUGUCUACCGAAGUUGCGGGUAGUUCCUACCACGUCAACGACAAGGCCAACGACGUCUCGUCCCCGACGCGGCGUGGGGUACGCAAAACCGAGCGACGGAACCUCGCGGCCCUCAUCCUGGCCUCCGUCGUCGUGGGACUUCUCGCUUGGUUAGGUGUGAAGAGCGCCUCAGCGCUGUUUGGGAGACUCGCCGGGAUCGUCGUCACCACCCGGCGGUGA